AUGCCACCCCAUCUACACCCGCGUUCCACCGCAACAUCGACCCUCUUCGCCGGCACCCUGCUCGCCUCCUUCAUAGUCGUGGGCAUCCCGCACGUCUUCCCCUGCCCGCGGCCGCGCACCGGCUACGCGGCGGACGCUGGACGGAUCGAGCUGGAUGAAGAGGGAAAUCCAACCCGAGUAGUCCGACGACCACAAGGCUCAAUAACAAGACCAGGCGUCGACAGGCUCUCCUCUAGCAGCAAAAUAACACAAGAUCAGUGCGUGUCGCGGGCUACGAAAGAAGGAGAACAACGACAACAACAGCCGCAACAGCCGCAACAACCUCGCACAGCGCCACAGAUUGUUACGAAGAGGAGCCUGACCGCCCCGAAGGAUCUGGACGAGGAAGCAGCCCUGUUCCGGGAACUGCAGGCCGAGGCGGAGGUGUUGGAACGAGAGGCCCGGUCGGCCAGGGAAUGCCCCGUGCCGAAGCCUCGGGGGUGGGUUGGGCGGAUGCUGGGAUUUGAGGAGCAGCAAAGCGGGAAAGUCGCUGUGGACAAGGAAGGUGGAUGA